AGGAAUUGCAAUUGCUCCACGCGGACCUCUCAGGCUCUCACCCGGCGAGAGCACCGCCGCCGCCAUGGCCAUGCUGCUCCUCCGAAGCCACCUCCUCCCUCUCUUCCGCGCAGCUACCCUGCUCCCCUCCCCUACGCACCACCGCGCCUGCCUCCUCUCCGCCUCCGCCUCCGCCUCCGCCUCCGCCUCCGCCGCCCCAUUCUGCCUCGAGGACUACCUCGUCGCCGCCUGUGGUCUCGCCCCAGAUCAAGCCCGCAAGACGGCUAAGAAGGCGUUUGAUGAAGCAUCCAAAUACAGUAAAAAGAAGGCAUUCAAGGAGAUCUGCAGGUCUCGCCUCAACUCCGCCUCCAACCCCGACGCCAUCCUCGCCCUGCUCUCGGGCAUGGGCCUCUCCGGCGCCGACAUCGCCGCCGUCGUCGCUGCGGACCCGCUGCUCCUCCGCUCCUCGGUGAAGAACGUCAGCCCUCGCCUCCUCGCCCUCCGCGACUGCCUCGGCCUGUCUGCUCCCCAGAUCGCUCGCUUCCUCCUGGUCGGCUCACGCGCCCUCCGCGGUGGCGAUAUCGUUCACAAGCUGGAGUUCUUCAUCUCCUUCUUUGGCUCAUUUGAGCCGCUCCUCGUGAUCAUGAAGAGGAACAACAGCAUCCUAUUUUCAGAUUUUGAGAGGGUGAUCAAGCCUAACAUCGAGCUGCUUUGUCAGUGCAGUCUAAGUGUUCGAGAUAUUGCCCAGCUGUCUUCAAACAGUGCGCGAUUGCUUACCUUCAAGCCAGAGCGUGUCAAGGAGUUCGUGCUACGCGUGGAAGAGCUUGGGGUGCACCGCAGCUCGCGGAUGUUCAAGCACGCAAUCAGAUGUGUUUCAUAUAUCAACAAACAGAAGUUUGCUGCCAGGCUCGAAUUUUUAAAGAGUACUCUUGGUUGCUCCGAGAGUGAAGUUGCAACUGUAGUGUCCAAGUGUCCAAGUGUUCUAGGAUACUCUGAGGAGGGUCUUCUCCGCAAGAUUCAGUUCUGGAUCAAAGAGGUUGGAGUGGAGCCUCAGUGCAUAGUUAAAAGGCCUAUCUUGUUAUCAUACAGCCUGGAGAAGCGGCUACUGCCCCGGCAUUGUGUCAUGAAGAUCCUCCAGGAAAAGGGAUUGCUGAGUAGUAAAAGGGCCUUUUACUCAUUUGCUCGCAUUGGAGAGGAGACUUUCAAGUUGAAGUAUAUCGACUGUCACGAUGACUCUGUUCCUGGGCUUGCAGAUGCUUACGCCACAGUUAGUGCUGGUGUUGUGCCCUCUGGAAUCAAAUUAUAACAUCUUAAAAUGUUCCAAUUCUUUUUGUAUUCUAGGCGGAUACUAUAACUGCAACUCACGCUCAUUCGCAGAGCUGGUUGGCUUAUUUUGGAGCCUUACUGCACGUGUUUGCUAGCACACAGCUGAAGAUUAUUCUGCGGACAGGCCUUUGUCAUAGCACUUAAUCUAGUUGGAAUUUGGUAGUGCUGGCUUUCCCUUUUUCUCUAACCGUGUUUGUUUAGUAUGCUUCAUUUGUACUGGCAUUUUACAGUGCUCACUGAUACUUGUUUGGGGCUUGACUAAUUCGUUUUUAGAGGACUGGAUUUGUUCUUUUUUCUACUGAUGGUUACUUUGUACUUCACUGAGGAUAAAUGCUGAACUAGUACUUUCAAGUAGUGGCCGAAAUUGUUACUGAGAAGAAACAAUUGUGUAAACCAAGUGUGUGGCCAACAAUACAUUCAUGAUUUCUAAUAAAUGUUUUGGUUCCAUGGCCCUCUGCCUAUA